AUGAAUCGAACAGUCUCCACACUAUCAUCUACUGUAUCUGAUGUAUCCGUGGAAAUACCGUCAAUAUAUAACGUCAUCAAUACCGAAUUAUCAACUCCGGAUGUCUACCUUUACACUUUAAAACUAAUAUUAUUGGAUUACAUCAAUGAACCGCGAUUUAAAGACGCAGCUUUGCAAUCAAAUAGAACAGAAACUUCGAGGGUUCUAUCCGACAAAACGAAUCAUCAGCAAACACAACAUGGGAAGAGAAUAGUGGUUAAUAAACAAGACGAUAUGUCGGAACGAGAUAUAGUACAAGCAACCUUACGUAUAUUGAAGGGAAAGCUGGCACAAAUUUCAGGAAAUAAGAGCUUGGCGCCGAAUGAGAUGCAUUGGAAAAGUAUUGUUAAAAUGUAUUAUAGCAUGCUUGAUUCGUCUAGUGCGGACACAUUUUCCAAGAUGAGUCAAAUGGAGGAGAUGGUUGGUUAUUUCACAAAUAUUGCCAGUAAUGAAUUAAAAAAAAUGACCAUUAAAAAUUCUAGUGAGGAACUGUUUAGCGAAGUCGCUUAUUUUAUAGACCUGGUAAUCGAUGUUCUUCCAGAUAGUUGCGCAAAUAUCAUAAAGAGACUGCUUGAUUAUAAGAUUACUCUUAAGAAAGACAAGACAACAGUAAAGAAGAAAAGAGCUGGUGCACCGGCUGGAGUCUCUCAAUAUAGAAGCAUUUCCGGGAGCACGAUUAACAAUAAGCAACCUUCCUUCAAAGUCCAAGAUAUUUCACAUAUGAAUUAUUUUAUGCAGUUGUUCGAAAUAGAUGAAACAAAGCUUCAACAAGACGUAAUGGCUGUUAAGGACAAUUGUACAAAUCCCAUAUUUUGCGGCGAACUAAGAUAUCUUAGGAAAAAAAUCAAGAAGGAUAAUGGUGUUUUGACUGCUUCUGAUUUUUCAAGUGACAGAGAUUACAAUCUAUGGAAGAAUUACGAACUUCUGGAAAUCGCAAACUUGAUGGACCGAUUUGAGAUAGGUGAAAAAGUUACCUCUCACGGAAACCGUCUUAUACCUAAGGAUGCAAAAAGUGUAUUUGUCCGUCUCAUAAGCCUUGUUUUGAAAAAAGAGUGCUCUAAUGCUGUAAAUGCCAUAAAUCUUUCUCAAGAAGCUCUAUUUUUUUUCCAUAAAUCAGCGAGGUAUUGGAGAAUAGAAUAUCCUUCCACCAUAUCCUCCUUAAUAUAUUCAGCUGCAAAUUUAAGUAUUCUAGAAGAUGAAGAGCUAAAUGUCCCAAUAACUGAAAACUUGUUUUCCGUCAUCCGCAAUAAGUAUUUAUGUUCAGAGGAUAAUUUGGAUCCAUCCGCUUGGAACACUCAGGAUCGCUAUUUAUGGGCUGCAAAUCUUUUUCAUACGACAGAUCAGUCUAUGAGGACAAUAAAUAACCUUCUGACUGCGAUUUUUUCUAGUACGAAGCCAAAAUUCUCUCCAGUUUUGUCUUUUUAUUAUUCGAGUGUUGUUGAGGAUCCGGUAAUGAAAUUCUACGAGGCGCAAUCUGUAGCUGUAAAGAAAUAUUGGAUCAAAGUAUUCAAGAAAACUCUAUUUAAGAUAUCAGAGGAUUAUUUUGUCUCUCUUCUGCAAGACAUGCUAAAGGCUAGUGCAAUAGAAAUUCAAAGCGUGCAGAAUCUCGUAGAGACAAUUAUAGAUGCCAUAAAGGCAAUUCAAAAACGUUAUAAUAAACCAUUAUUGGACGAAAUAUCUUUGCCUAGACAGUGCGCAGUAUUUCUAUGUGAAGUAUAUGGUUCAGAUUCCUUAAAACUUAUAAAAACCGCUGAAAAAAGUACCGUGAAAUUGACUGGAGAAAGUUUGGGCCCAAUAGAUGCGCUAGACAUGUAUGAUGUACUAAAAGAACUGAGGCAGAUUUAUAUGCAGGUAAAGCCAAAAGGGAAAUUUUUCUUCAACCUUGAAAAUUACUUCAUCAAAUAUUUAACUCGAUUGUGUGAUGAUAUCUGCCGUAAUGUUCAAAAAGUCAUUAAAACUUCAAUAGAAAGCGAAAAUUGGCAACCCGUAAACGACCAGGAUCACUUUAGCAGAUCAGUUUUGGAUAUUUUCAAAAUGAUAAAUGAAUCAACCAGCAUGCUGGAGAAAUUUGGUUGGGAAAAUGAAUUUCAACUGGCACAAAUGAUCACGGUAAUUUUGAAGGCGUUUUCGGAUGGUAUGCUUUCAUAUUCUGCUCAACUAAUGGGAUUAAUUCAUAGAGAUUUACAGGAGGGUGAUGAACCGUCCUACUCUUUGGAAAGCUCCGACUCUCGGUCUUCACUUAGCCUUAAUAAUGUUAAUCUAAACCAUGAAAGAUCAAGAAGUAGUAGAUUAUUGGAGGAUCUGAAAAAUGUAGUUAAAUCGACUCCGAAGAUUGUAGCUCCCGCUCCAUAUCAGUUCAAGAAGCGUACAUGUGUGCUGCUAAAUGAUCUUGAUAAAACACUUUUCCUCUUAGAAAAUUUUGAAGAAAAAGCAGAUCCAUCAAGACUAUCCUCUAUCAUCGCUCAGUACCAUUCCUCCCACAAUUCAGAUGAUAAUCGGAAAUCAUUCGAUGACCGGAAUAUGAAACAAGUUUAUACUCUCCGAAUUAUUUGUGCUGAAAAUAUUAAAGGCUUCAGCAAAACGGGGCUUUCAAACUCCUAUGUUUCCAUAAGAAACAUUACUUUGCAACGGGAAGUAGGGACGACUAAGAUUGUCGCAAGAUCGAUUACUCCCAAAUGGGAUGAAGAGUUUGUGUUUGAGUCUCCGUUCGGAAAGUCGAACGAUAUUAUGUUCACUAUAUGGCAUCACCCACAUAAUAGACUAAAGAACUUGGCGGAGGAUGAUUUAUGUGGAAAAGCCAAUAUGAAAUUCACCCCGAGGAAACUCAAGGACGAUGGGUUUCCCAUUGAUUUUUCGCUUACUUUGAACCCACAGGGAACCCUAUAUUGCCAAAUCUCCCUGGAAAGUGAGAAAAUAGAUGCUGUUUCCUCCAUGGGGAGAAUAUAUAGGUCUUUCAGUAGGUCAAGAGAUCGUGCAAUAAACUUGAUAGUCAAUAAAUUUUCUGAUUUUAUUGCAUUUGCCUUCUCGAGAACCACAUUAAAAACGGUUUGUGGUCACCAUGGUACCGCACUUGCAUCUGACGAAGCAGUGUACGACGCAAUUUUACCUCUAUUUGACUAUUUGAACGCAAACUUGAAUAUUUUGGCAUCAGAGCUUUCACAGAGGCUGCUUUUUAUGGUAAUGCUGAGAGCAUGGAACCUUGUUUUGGAGAAUGCCGAUUUACUUCUUCUGCCUGCAUUGAAUAGCGCUAAAAUUAAUAUAUUGCGCUCAGCAAAGAAAUCUCUGUGGGAAAAUACUCUUUCAAGUACAAAAACGGUGUCAGGAUACGGUCGUCCUUUGACUCAAGCGGAAAUUGAGGCUAUAUUCAAAUGGCUUGAUGCACUUUGUGUAGAUUUUUUUCAUAAUAAAGGAGAAGGUCCCCCUCUUGCCGAAUUGAAGAAUGAAUAUUACCAGAAUAUACUACUGAUUCCAGCGUUUUAUGAUAAAGGUGUCCCUGAAUUGAAGGGCGAAGUUCAGCGAUUGAUUCCUGUGUAUGAAGAGUAUUUGAAAUGGUUUUAUCUGAAAAAAACUCCGAUUACCUUUACGAAUAAAUCUAUUGGAACAAUAUCUCGAAAAAAAUCAUUAGCAGCUAACAUUGUAAAAGAGCCUAAGCAACAACUGGAACGUGAUGCAGAAGUAAUGAACAUUAUAUUGAGAAUCUUGAUUGCGAAAGGCCAACACGAUUAUGUUCAUCGAAUUUUGCAUGAUAGAAAAGAGCUUGUCAAUACUAUGAAAAAUAGGAGAGCUGUGAGUAGAGCGGUAAAUCCUACAGGAAAGAAAGGUAGAAACUGA